AUGCACAUUCAAGCUAAGGCUAGACCAUUUUCGUACAAUUAUCAUACAAAAAGACAUCAGUCAAUAUCUGAAAUCGCUUCUAACGCUAUAGAUUUGUCAAGUUUUACUUAAGUUAAAGCAUUCAACCAAAAUUACACCGAGGUAAUAUACUAAAAUUACCAAUCUGAUAACAAGUCUAUGCAGGUUAAGGAAUUGCAAGAUUUUUAAAUUUAGCAUAAUUUACCUGAAUUUCAAAGUCAAAGUACUAAGAACUCUUUAAAAGUGAGAAGUAAACACAGGAGUAGUCUGAAUUCAAGAAUAGAAGCUGCAUUGAAAAUGAGGGAAAAGCUGUUUCAGAAUAGACAAAAAGUGAAUGCAAGAGUUUUAAUUCUUAAAAUAUUCCAGUUUCAGAAAUCUAAGAAUUGUUCACCAUCCUUCAGAAUUUCAUACCAAAGAUCAAGAAUGAAAACUCAAACCUGA